UUUAGGGCGGAAGGAGUUCUGGAUAAGGAGGGAAGCGAAAGAUGGCGGCAGAACAGCUGCUGUCCAGCUUGUUGGGGCUGCUGUUUUUGGGGCUCCUGUUACCCGCAGCUCUGACUGGCGGUGUCGGGAGCCUGAAUCUGGAGGAGUUGAGUGAGAUGCGUUAUGGGAUCGAGAUCCUUCCGUUGCCUGUUAUGGGAGGGCAGAGCCAAGCUUCUGACGUGGUGAUUGUCUCCUCUAAGUACAAGCAACGUUAUGAAUGUCGCCUGCCAGCUGGAGCCAUUCACUUUCAGCGUGAAAGGGAGGAGGAGACACCUGCUUACCAGGGGCCUGGGAUCCCUGAGCUCCUGAGCCCAAUGAAAGAUGCUCCUUGUCUGCUGAAGACCAAGGACUGGUGGACGUAUGAAUUCUGUUAUGGACGCCACAUCCAGCAGUACCACAUGGAAGAUUCAGAGAUCAAAGGUGAAGUGCUCUAUCUCGGCUACUACCAAUCGGCCUUCGACUGGGAUGAUGAAACAGCCAAGGCCUCCAAGCAGCAUCGCCUGAAACGCUACCAUAGCCAGACCUAUGGCAAUGGGUCCAAGUGCGACCUCAAUGGGAGGCCCCGAGAGGCUGAAGUUCGGUUCCUCUGUGAUGAGGGUGCUGGCAUUUCUGGGGACUACAUUGACCGUGUGGACGAGCCCUUAUCCUGCUCCUAUGUGCUGACUGUUCGGACUCCUCGGCUCUGCCCCCACCCUCUCCUCCGGCCCCCACCCAGCGCUGCUCCGCAGGCCAUUCUCUGUCACCCUGCCCUGCAGCCUGAGGAGUACCUGGCCUACCUUCAGAGGCAAGCUGUAGACUCAAAGCAGUACGAAGAUAAAAUGAUAGAGGAGCUGCACGACCUGGACCCUCCAGUGUGGAGUGAGACCGCCCCUGGGGUGGCGCCCACAAAGAGAGCAGCUGCAAGCCCAGCCAAGGAUGACAGUAAGGAACCAGAUUUCUGGAAGAUGAUGAUUCAUGAGCCAGAGGACCAGGUCCAAGGAAGGGAAGAGGCACAGGCUGAGGAGCAGGAACCAAACCUCGAGCCAGCAGAUCCAGCUCCAGGCUCUCCCGAUGAUUUUCAGAGUAAUGUGCAGGUCAAAGUCAUUCGGAGUCCUGCAGACUUGAUUCGAUUGAUAGAGGAGCUGAAAGGUGGAACGAAAAAGGGGAAGCCAAAUGCAGGCCAAGAGCAGCCCACAGAUGGUGCUGCAGAAGCCCCUCCAAGUGAACCAGAGGUGAAGGCAAAGGGUGACACAGAACAUCAGCAGGAGGUGGAAGAAGAAGAAGAUGAUGAGGAUGAGGAUGAAGAUGAGGAUGAAAGGCAGUUACUAGGAGAAUUUGAGAAAGAAUUGGAAGGGAUACUGCUCCCAUCAGACCGGGAACGGCUGCGUUCAGAGGUGAAGGCUGGCAUGGAGCGAGAGCUGGAGAACAUCAUCCAGGAGACAGAGAAGGAGCUGGACCCAGAUGGGCUGAAGAAGGAGUCGGAGCGUGAUCGAGCUAUGCUGGCCCUGACAUCCACUCUCAACAAACUCAUCAAAAGGCUGGAGGAAAAGCAGAGUCCAGAGCUGGUGAAGAAGCACAGGAGAAGGAGGGUUGUCCCCAGAAAGCCGCCCCCCUCCCUCAGACCAGCAGAGGAGGAUCCUGAGCACAGAGUCCGGGUCCGGGUCACCAAGCUCCGUCACGGAGGCCCCAAUCAGGAUCUGACAGUCCUCGAGAUGAAACGGGAAAACCCGCAGCUGAAACAAAUCGAGGGGCUGGUGAAAGAGCUGCUGGAGAGGGAGGGACUCACAGCCGAAGGAAAAAUCGAGAUCAAAAUUGUCCGACCAGGGGCUGAAGGGACCGAGGAGGAUGCACGGUGGCUGACAGAUGAGGACACGAAAAACCUUAAGGAGAUUUUCUUCAAUAUCUUGCUCCUGAGUCCUCCAGUGCUCAGGGCUUCCCUGGGCUCACCAGCCAGCACUCCAGCUCACCCCUUGCACCCCUCACCAGGUGCAGGGAGCUGAAGAGGCACAGAAGGAGCGGCAGCGUCAAAAAGAGCUGGAGAGCAAUUACCGGCGGGUGUGGGGCUCUGGAGGCGGGGAGGGCACAGGAGACCUGGACGAGUUUGACUUCUGAGCCCGCUACUGCCAUCCGUUUGCAAGGAGUCCAGAGUCUUCCUAGACUGGCCUCAUUGCUUCCCCAUUCGUCUCCCACCCCCUGAAACUCUGAAGGCAAAACUUGGGAGUAGGAUGAGCUGUGGACUUUUGGGGCCCCAGCCAGGGGUGUGGAGGGGCUGUGGGGUAGCGCUACUGCUGCGAGCUGCCUGGAAGACCACCCAAGGCCUGUGAGUUUUGUCCUCCCAGGCUUGUCCCCACACCCGCUCCCUGUCAUGUCCCCUAACUUGUUCCCUGCUCCCUCCCUCCCUAGAGAUCUUCAGAGCGGAGCAGAGCAAGGGAGCCAGAAGGGUGUGCUGUGUAGCAGGCCCUGGGAGACAGGCCCCUGCCCCUGCUGCUGUUGGGAGUCACCUACCCCCUGCUCUUGGAUUAGCUCGGGAUUUCCUGCUCCCUUCCCUUGCCACACUGUUCCCCACAGUCUGCUUCUGAGUUGAGGCGCCUUCCUCAGUUGCUGAGGACAUGGGAGGAAGUUGCCCACCACCUCUGAAACAAUCCAGUGAAAAGGGCAGGGUACCGACCCGCCACUCAUGUUCUCGAACAAUCAGGUUUCUAAAUAAAGAACUGGACCAUCACUCCA